GUUGGAGAAUUAGUUAGUGGGCCCUUCAUUGCGUAACUCAGAAAAACACAUAAAUCAGAAGAGAUCAUUUCCAUAUCUCACCAUUAUCUUAACUUCAGGACUGGAGAAAAGGAGACAAUGAAGAUAUCUCAUUGACUGUGAUUCAGGCACCAUGGCAGGGCUGUGUCUUCUGCUGCUGAUCUGCCAUCUUAGCUCUUCAGUUCUGGCUGUGCUGCGGAGUCCGGAGAAUGUCACGAUCCAUUCUGCUAAUUUUCAGCACAUACUGACAUGGAAGGAUAACAACAAUAACUCUUUAAUCCGCUACAGGGUACAAUAUAACAAAUGGAGUUUUCCCUUUCGCCGCCGCUGGACUCAUGUUUCCACUUGUACCGAUAUUACCGAACAGCGCUGUGAUCUGACGGAUUAUUUCACAGACCUUAAAGGGGAGUACAAUGUGCAAGUCAUCAGUUUCACUCCUAACGAGACUUCAAAUGCAACGACCUCAGCAACAUUCUGCCCAAAAUGUCAUACUGACCUGGGUCCUCCACUAGUUGAUCUGUCUGCCCAAGGCUGCAAUGUGACCAUUAAUAUUCGCCCUCCCAUAUCCUACUUUAAUGGAACUCAUUCUAUGCUGCACAAUGACAUCUACCCGUUAAUAACCUAUGGCAUUGAUCGAUGGCAGGACAACAAUAAGCUCUCAUAUCAUGAGCAGAUGGUCUAUGAAGAUAACUACACUUUAGUGGAAAGCUUACUGCCUCCAAACACAAACUACUGUGUUUCUGUUAAAGUCUCACUAGUGUCUUCGAAUACUAAGGGCAAGAAAAUCCCAUCCGCCUUGCAAUGUGUAACCACUUCGUCCACCCAAGCUGAAGAUUUCCAUCCUCCAUAUAUCAGUAUUGCAGUUAUCAUUAGCAUUCUAAUACCGAUUGGAAUAGUGUGUUUACUCAUUGGACUCGAUAGAGCUGGGUAUAUUUGCAUGGGAUGGAAUUUAUUCCCCAAAGCUUUGAAUUCGUUUCCGACGUCGGUGAGUAUGGAUGGACGUACGGAAUAUGUCUGCCCUGCACAGAUUGUGUCUGUAGAGACACUCUGUAAUACAGAGAUGGAAGAGUGCAAUGUUAGUUAUGAGGAAAUGUGCGGACAAGGUUAUGCCGUAAGGAAUAUGGUUCUGGACACUGCUCAGAAUGAUUCCAGUGGAGGAGAAAGCUCAGCUAUACCACCCUUGACUUUUUCCUCUUCCAUUGAAUCCAGUGGGCAAGACUGCAGCUUUUCUGCUGAGGAAGGAAUUCCAAAGGAACCGGUGUUGGAACACACUCAGAGUGGUGCUUCAGCUUCAGAACUGCCACAGGCCGUUACCUCUUCCCCAGGUCCCACCAAGGUCAACACCACCAAGGUCUUUAAAAUCAGCUUGAACACUGUGUCUGUAGGAAAUCCAGAGGAUCUGUGGACAAACUUCAAAAAAGAGGCAUCCCCCAUAGAGAAACAAGAAGAUAUAACUGCUGUGGAUGUGUCUGAUGUUCCUCAGGAUCCCCAUGAUCUCAGGCUCAUUACUAAUAUAUUAAAACUGGGUGCUUGCAGGGGGUCGGUUUUGGAGGAAGCCUCAGAUGAUAGUGAUGCCGAAUCUGAGGCAGAGGAGACGGAGAUGCCCUUUGCUUCAGAUUAUAUGAGUCGAUAAACUAUGCUGGUGUUCAGAGAUGGGGUAUAAGGCUACUGCCACACCACCUGAGAAUCAGCUCCUAUGAUCCGAUCAGCUUUCUAAUGUGCCUGCACCCCAAGCCUCUACACUGGCCUGGGUGCAGGCACAUGGCACAAAACAGGCUAAUAUGCAGUUUGGCAGCAAAAUCCGCUCCUUGUGCUUGCAACUAGUCCAAUGCAGUGUGGCCUUAAUAAUCAUGCAGGGAUACACCACAUGGAUUUUUAUUCUGGUCAGUCCCUUAUGUUUGUUGAAAAAUUCAAACUGCUCAGUCAUGGGAUUACAAGUGCCUGGGGGCCUAGUUGGGGGCUAAAUCCUUAUGAUAUAUUGAAAUUCUUGUAUUUUAUAUUAUAAUUUUUACAUUACAACUGGGUUACAAUGGCUUACUUGGUUAUAUAAUACCUUGAACCUCCUCCUAUGAAGACUGAGGGGACCAUGCAAAGUAUUUUUUUUCAAACCUAUGUUGUCUUAUUGCAGUUGAGCUUCAUAUAACAUCAGAAAGAUACACACUGCUGUACAAGGCGUAAACACAAUCAGGGGUAUGGUUAUUAUUAUAUAUGACUUAGUGAAAAUGAUUGUGCUCAGAGUUUCAGUAUACAGAUAGAAUGAAAUUGAGAAAGACAAAACCAAAAUGGAAAAGGGGACCAAGUCCAUAAGUCAGGGGUGUGUUAUAGAGGAAUCCAGAUGUUUCCACUAGAAAGUGAUUCUUUUGGAAGUUUGAAAAUACAAUUAGUGAGGGUGAUUGAUGAAAAUGGGAAUUCCAUUCAGGGUAAAUUGAUUCAUGCAUCUAUCCGCUCUUUUGUUAUCUGUAUGGACAAUAGAUUAUCCCAAGCUAAGUGUAAGGACCAAGAGGGAGUAUAUGGGACAUAUAGAAAGAUAUAUAGGAAGGAGCAGAUGAAUUAAGGAUAAGAUGAGAAUUUUAUACUUUAUGCACUUGACAUCAGGGCUGUUCCUGCCAUGAAACAAGAUGAGAACCUUGCCUCAGAUGGCAGCAAACAGCCAGUGAAGGGUCACCUUUUGUAACUUUAAUUGAAUUUCCAGGUUUUAACCCAAAAAUUUGGCUCCACUAUUGCAGAGAGCACUCCUGCGUUCAUUGCAGUAGCGAUGUGGCCCCCCUUUGACCCGUUCCAAUGCUUUAAGCGCGGAGAGGGGGCAGCAAAGGUGGCAGCAGCCCCAGGAUCACCCGUGCUUAACAUGAAGAUUUGUGUGUCAUCAGGGUCAGACUGGAGGGGGGCUCAGGGCCAACCGGGGCUGCCACAUCAGGGCCCCUGCCCCCCUAAGGGCCCCCUCCCCAGUCGCAGGGCCCCCUCUGUCAUCUUCGACCACCUCCCCCGAUUCUGUGGAGCAGGUCUGGGCCAGGGGGGUCCACUGGGUUUUUCCUGGUGUCCCACCGGCCCAGUGCAACGCUGUGUGUCAUCAGUAUAAAAGUAAUGUCUUGUUUCCUAACCAGUGAAGACGCAGUAUAAAAUAUUGCCAGUAGAUGUCGCUCCACUGCCUUCCGCUCACUGGCAAACACAAAUCUGAUACUAUGCAGAGAUGAAUUUCCUCUUCCCCGGUUAUUUGCAAACUGUCAUUUUCAAUUAAAACUCAUCAGAUGCCCCACAUCUUAGUUACCAUGUGGAUGUAGAGAGUGAAUAUAAGGCAGCAGAGGUGCACUCAGGUGUGUAGCUUAUUUUUAGGAGCUAUUUGUAGAGAGCAAAGUACAAAGAUCCAGCAAUAUUAUGCAGUUAUAAACCCCUGCCCUGCCUAUAGACAGCUGUCAUCCCAAAGUAGUUGUAGUCACAUAAGGCCAGAUGGUGUUGGUUUUUAAAUCUGUAUCUAUACAUCGUUAUUAUUGAACUUCAAUGCACAUGUAAUGUAUCAAAUAGAUAAUGGGACAGUACAGGGACAGGUUUGGACCUCACAUCCUGUCUGUAUUUACUUGCUCAGAUUUAAUUCUCAAAGGAAAGUCACACAAUAGCAGCAGUACAGUUACGCCUACAGCAUUUCCCUUUGACUUGAGGUACAUAGAUGUUUGCCAAUAGAAAUUAAUGUCAGUUGUGACAGCCAAUAGCACAAUGAGCACUUCAGAAGCCAACGUGAGCCCCUGGUUCUGAGAACAGAAUCGCCACAUCCUGAGUCACGUUGCACAUUAUAUAUGCAAAUACUGUACAUCGCCAUGGAGGACGUUUUUAAAUAUAAACCCGAACUUAAUUCUCAGAAUCACAACUGCUUUCUCCAUGCUAAAAAACUUUGUCUUGCUGUUUGUUUGAUACAUAAUCAUUAUUGCU